CGGCACGCCGUCAAUAUUUCACUGCGUGCUUCAGUUUCCACCACCAAGCACGUCACGAAGGACAAACUGUGCCGAGAUCGCUGCGUAGUCACCAGGCGUUAUCGCACGUGUGACAUCAUAGGGCUUUUAGGGUGAAGAAUAGGGAAGAACUCGCAUAGCUUAGCGCCUCUUGAGCGCAAAUAGAGAGAGUGAGUACAUAGAGAAGUCGGAAGUACCUCGGUUUGUACAGUUUACUUCAGUCCCGGUAGCUGGUCUCAGUAAAAAAUCUCGCUUUGAGAGUAAUUUCGACAAGGAAACACGAUACAGUGGUAGAUCUUGAAACCGGUUCGUCUCUAUCUGGCCAUCGCUGCAACAUCUCCUUCAACUAUGGCGUCUUCCUUCGCCAUGCUACUGUUCGUCAUCGUCUCAUUGUGUUCGCACCUCAGCGAGGUGCUGGGUGACGAGGCUGGUGGUAGUCCCGCUUCCUCCUCGUCCUCGUCGCAGUCCAAGGGGGCCCGCACGCUGGACAAGUUGAACGCCGGAGAGUACAUCCGCGGUCUUGACGGCCGCCGUCGCCUAGACAAAAUCAGCGGCGGAGAGUUGCUGCGUUCUGCCGACGAUGUCGAGUAUCUGCGGUCCCUGCUGCUGCCGUACGUACUGCGAGGACUCUCUCCCUCAUCACACGGCUCAGGUGAUCGCCGAGGCCUGGACAAGAUCGGUGGUGGCGAGUACAUCCGCGCGGCGGGUGCUUUCCCGGUUGGCACUGGGCUGACCAAAAGGUUUGACUCCUUAAGCGGACUGACCUUCGGCGGCGACCAGCCGGGCCUGCACAAGCGCGGAUAUGGCCACGGCGAGUUUGAUGAAAUCGAUCACGCCGGAUGGCCUGGAUUUUACAAGCGCAACUUCGAUGAGAUCGACAGGAGUGGCUUUGAAGGUUUCAACAAGCGAAACUUUGACGAGAUCGAUCGAACUGGAUUUGAGGGGUUCUACAAGCGCUCUGCCGCUCGGAAAAAAUGAGGGUCUAAAGUAUGAACGAGAUCGGCGUCUCAGCGCCCCUCCAUCCGAGUCGCGACAAUCCCUGCAUCCACCGAUACCUCUGCACCAGUUUACAUCUUCUGAUUACUCUGUUUAAAAGUUUAGUGUGGCCAAACGUUAAAGGUAGAUUCGGUAGAUGCGAGCUCACUAACCUGAAAAUGUGAGCCUCUAAAAUUUCGCAUGUGCAGUGGAAUUCUGUUGCAUUAGUCCUGAUGCAGUGGGCCAGACAGAUACUCCUCGAUGCUGUCGCCGCCAACGUCCUCACCCCUCCUCAUGUGUAUUCGUUGUUGAACAAAACAAAACAGUGUAAAAGGAUCCCAUGUUGGUUCUGUAACCGAGAAGUUUUCUGCACUCUGAUUUGUCCCUGUAGACCUCGGUCAUACGUCUUUCGGUAGAUGAAUACAGAAUCAUAAGGAAUUGUGGUCUGAGAUGUUGGUAAGCAGUAGCACUGUCAUUUGUGAAGUCUCUGGCUCAGCAAGCCUUGGCGACAUGCCUAAGUAUAAGUAUAAUAAAUGUGGAGUCUGGGGAGGAACAUGAGUGGCGCUAUAAAGCGGGAGGGUUGGAUGUCACGUAUGCCCGCCCGCAAGAUUCGAAUUAUGCAGAUACUGUAUAAGAGCUCACCAGAGUAGUUCGCUGAGAAGAAGUGGUGCAAUACUUUUGCUCAGAGAGCACUCUUCUGCCACCAUGCAAAUAAACCUUGUUGAACUUUUAUGGCCUUUGCUGUAUUUU